AUGCUGAAAAGGCGGUCAGGAACUAAUGUGAUCAAAGCACGUUACAAACUAUUAUCACCUGGGCAGGUACUAAAGGCAAUUAACGCUCACGAUGUAACGGAAGUGAAACAGGGAUCCAAGAAUGACUCUAAACUCUACGCUCGAGUCAAUCGCUUAUUGAUCAUCUACGAGUUGAAUAAUGAAUCUUGGACCGAAGUGCACAAGGUGGAGGGUUUCUUCGCCCCCUCGUGUCUGACGUCCAACUAUCCGUGGGAAGUGUACGACGAUGGUUUGCUGGUGGUACGCACGGUGGAAGGAGUGUUCGUGUAUCGUUGGAAGAACCGCAAGCUGGACCCGGUGUUGACCGCUUCGCAGUACCACGACGCGUACGGUUACGAUGACCAGGCUAGUACCUUUCUAAUGGGAAAGAUAUUCCCGGCGGAUGUGAAUAUCGGCAUCCUGACCCGUUUGCCUUCGUCGUCCGUGGAAUUUCGGUCUCUCGAUCCAAGUACGCCAAGCAAGUCUCUCCAAGCCUUGCAGAAGCCUCCUGGACUGAGUGCUGAGUGGAGUAAAUCUACUUCACAUAUAUCCCUGAUAAAGAACAUCGACGGCAAGGCGCAACUAUCCAUUGGCUUGCGGACCGAGUCGGAGUUGCAACUGUAUCGUUUCAACGAAAAACACGAAUUGGUGAAGCUGGCCACUGUGUUGCAGUUUCCACCAAUUGCAAAGGAGUACGAUCGGAUUGUUUUUGCCAAGAUCGACGAAACCAAAUUCAACGACUUGCUCCACUUUUCACCAACUGGUUUGAUGAUGUAUCGCUACAACGAGACAAUGGCCGCCUUUGAGAGAGUGUACUAUUCGACGGCGUUCUCCACGCUACGCGGCUGGACCAAGCGCACCAUCGAGACAAUUUCAACGAUCGACAUUGUGGGCGAUGAGAUGGACGAGCUGUUAGCGUCGGGACCAAAGGGCUUGGUAGCAUUACAGGCCGAUUCGAAUGAGUUUGGAUUCGCAUGGAAUAACAUCUUCGACGAACGUAUAACCGGGCAAUCCAUUCGCUACGCUUUACCGGAGCAUGUUCGAAAAGUGAACAUAUCGUCCAACCGAAUUGAAGUAUUUUUGCACACAUCACAAGGAUUGAGCGCUGUCACGGCGGUGCAGUACAUACUAAAACAAAAUUGUAACACUUGUGAACCAGCUAUGUCAGAGGAUGUAAGACCAGACAACGAACGAUCCAUACCAGAGCUUGUCGCCCAACGCACCUACACCCUAUGGUUACAUGAUCAGCUUGAUCUUAGUAACAUGUUGCAGCCGUUAAACCCACACUCCGGAACAGUAGAAUUGACACUACCGUUGAUUGAAGUCCGUAACCCGUUCGGCGUGAAUGUUCGAAAGAUUUUCCAAUACAAAAAUAUCGACUACAGCAACGAGCUCGGUCACGGAUGGUCAUUUCCGCUGGACGCCAUUAUGGUCGAUCGCACCACAAGCGCUUUCAGUGAGGAUCAUGUUUAUUCGCUUGUUAAGGAUAACCAACGUAUCAUACUAACUCGCUUGCAUGGCCAGACAGAGCAAAAUGAUGAGAUCGGUUUUGAAAUAGAAGGAUACGACGAAAUGAAGAUUCAUUAUCAACAGGAAACGAACCAAUGGAAUGUGACGAUCGACCAGCGCACUCUGAUAUACAGUGUGAUUAACAACUAUCAGAUGCUAAACGUUUGCAUAAUGUGGCCUCUUUGCGGUACUAACUCAACGAAGGAGGUACCGCAUCAUACUAUUUGGUACUUGACUACGGAAUACGAUCACAGCGGGCAAGGUAAGGCACGCUAUGACUACGAAAUUGUAAAGAAUGAAACUGAUAUACGACUUAGCAAAAUAACGCUGCAGGAUGAUUCGACGGUGGAAAUGGUAUACGAUCAUGGUCGCGUUCACAAAUUUUCCGUCAAAACUGCCAAAUACAAACAGUUUGUUCACAUCCACUAUACUGCCGACAACAGACAGCUGCGAGCAAUUACGCAAAGUGAUCGCCCUCUUUUCGACUUUAAGUACGAUCGUGAUAAUCGCCUAUCGAAAAUGGUACUCCCAAACGGAGCGGUAUGGAUACCGAACUACAUCGAUUUACCGAUCGAUCCGUCAGCGCUACAAAAACGCUUCGCCAUCAAUCACGAAGCAUCGAUUUUCUACGGACCGGACUAUAUGGUGAUCGUGGAUGCAAACCAUGUCCGCGGAAAGCUAGAGUUGCACAUACGCGACCCUGUGGGUGCGCUGCAUGAACCGAAGAUGAAUCAAACCAUUAGCGUGAUCGUCGAGCCAAACUUCAAAAAUCACAUCGUACACGCAAUUGAGUGUCUGGUGGUGGUCAACGUGGUGUAUAGUACGCAUAAGGUCGUGACGGUCAUACAGUACUCCGAUCAGAGAUGGGUACAACGGCAGUACUAUGAGAACAAUCCUCUGGAGGGCAUGGUAGUGACAGGGAAUAGGUUUGUCCUUAUAUCAGACACCAAACAAUUGCACGUGUUGUCCGUUAACGAGACUGGUGCGUAUCAGGAUGCCAUCGUACGUACGAAGCUUCCCAAAAAUUUUGUGAUUCAUGCAUUCUCUCACGGUUACGCUACCUACGAUGGUGAGCUCCGUAUAUUUUUACUGCGCGACGGUGGAAACUGGCUCGAAGUACCUGCCAGUAUUAACUGGGAUGCCUUUGCUGCUAUCGACAAUUUCAUCAGUUCGUUUGACAUCAACGAACAACUGGCAGAUUCGAUCCGCAAGAGUCUGGUGGCAGACAUGUUGGGUAGCUACCGCCAUGCAAUCGUUCUGAAAGCUCCAAAGUUUACCAAACCGUUGCUCGAAAUGUGGGUCCGAUUUGUAGUGAUCGAUUUAAAGGCACACGCACCGCUGGUGCAGUAUUACUACACGACAAAGGUAGAAAUGGCGAACAUGCGUGAUUUUAAGUACACCGUGCGCACGCAAGACAAUGAUGAGUUCAUUCUGGGUUAUCAAUGGCACGGCGGUAAGUAUCAUCUACGGGUACGCAACUCAACCGGUCCGCACCGGGACGAAUUCAACAGGUACAGCAACGAAGUACAGCAAAGCCGAUCGACAAUGCACUACCGGGAGUGGGCCGAGCUUUGGAACAAAACGGUGACACUCAUCAAGCAAGAGUACGUUCGCAUCUACAAAAAGGUUAAGGAAUCCGUUGUGUUUGCCAUGGAUCUUUCGCAGUUCGGCAUGCUGACGAAUCAGGAAGGCGUGCUCGUCGCUGGUCACCAGAUAACCAAUGAUGGAUAUAGUUGGCCUAAGAAACGAAUCAGCGAUGAAACCCAGCGUUUGUACAAAGUAGACAAGCAACUGUCUGCUGCAUACAGGCUGGUGAAGCAGCACAAGUAUGACAACUUCAAGAUCGUUUCCAGUGCACACAAUACGACGGUCUUCGAUAUGGGAACCACCAGCCCGAAAGAGAUCCAACUCGUGCUACCGUACUACGCACAAGCACAACGUCCCGGAGGACGCUUGAAGGUGUUUUUCUUUGAUACCCAACAAACGGUCACUUUCGCAGUGAACGAAACGAUGCAUCGUGCCAGUAACCAGCUUGUCCUUAUCACAACGGCACGAGAACUAGCGACCCGCGGUAGAUCGUACAUGCUCUUCCGUUCGGUUAAAUACUUCAUCACCGGUAACGUUACUGUGCUCGAAAAGCAAACGCUCACGUCGCCGAACGAGCGGCCACUGAUAACAGAGUUCCAGUAUAAUGCGAAGGAUCUGCAGCUGGCGGCGAAUGGAUUUAUUUUCCAAAAAUUGCAAAUAGUGCCCGGUGGUAACAGGACCCGUUUCGGUUGGUACGAACAGAGCAUCGAUCUAGCGACAGGUGACACCAUACGGAAAGCGUUUGCUGCCGACGGUCGCGAAGUGAUCGACACGAAGUUACGCGAGCAGCACACAAAAGAACAGCAGUCAGAAACGGAGGACAGCGGGUCGAAAUUGCGCAACCACGAUCGGACGAUCAUGGAUAGGGGUUAUCGCCUGCAGGUGCUAGACUUGGGGCCGUACAGACUGGCAGAUGAAAUGGUUUCGUACUACGGUUUCGAGCAGUACGAGAACAAUCACUUUGGCUCGAAGACACGAUGGAUCUUUAACGAGUCCGUUGUACGCUUGGAGUCCGAGAAUCGGUAUCUGCGGCUGACGGGAAAAAAUCAAACCCUGACCGGCGUGUUUAUGCCUGCGGAACCUAAUACUACAUUUGUCGUAUCCUGCUGGAUACGGGUGCCGGCAGCCUCUUUGGCAUUGCAGGCAAAUGAAACUCGCGGCGUCCUAACGGUAAACGUUAGGAGGUUCGCCGAAAAUAUGGAAAACACUAAUGUAAUGACAUCAAGUGCGGCACAGAUUAAACAUAGCAUUGGGCGCUGGAACUACCUCGAAACAAUCGUCGACGCAUCACACUUCCCUCCGGCAACAAAACUCAACUUCCUCAUAGCCGUUGCACCAACUGACACUCUGGUGGUUAUCGAGGUCGAUCAUAUCCGAUUUUCUCCACUAUCCCUGCCGUUGGCGAUCAACAUUUACAAACACAUCACGGGCGAGGUACGGGCGGUGCUGAAUGGGAACGGUCUCCUGCGGUGCUGUUUCUACAAUCCACAAGGAAAAAAAUCGAUCAUGUUCUCGGAGCAAGGCGAAGUUCUGGAGUUUUCGAUGGAGUCGAAGAUUAUGUACACCCGCCAGUCACGCCGCAGGCCAUGCUCUGUGGAGAUGAAACCGCGUUACGGCAGCCUGGAUGAUUUUCAAAGGGAACCAUGGCACAUGGCCGGUCCCGGCUGGACUGUGGAAAAGGGGUUUGUUUCUUACACCGGAACCGAAGAAUCUACCAUAUCGAAAUCGUUCAAGAAAUCGUACAAAACUGUAGGAAUUCGUUUUCUGUACGAGUUAAAGAAACAAGAAGUGAGGCUGUCUUUCGAUUGGCGUGGUAAAAGGCUCCCAUUGUACUGUAUCAACAAUAAGCCGUUCAAUUGCCCAUUGCCUCCACUGCAUGGAGAGAUUCUAAUUGUCUUUACUGAAACAAGGGCAUCCAUUUGGCUGGAUGGUGUUUUGCUCCGUGAAACUGUUUUUACGAGCUCUGCCCCGAAUGAUCAUAUAUUUCAACUACACACCAACGGCUCGUUUGCGAUGGCUGAGUUUCUCGAGAUGUACGAGCCACGCACCAAAAUCACCUAUCACACCUUUUCCGGCCAUCCUGUGCAGCUAGUGGUGUACGAAGAUGCUGAUACGGUGCGUGUACGGGAGAUCUGGUACGAUCAAGUAGAACGACCAGUUAUGCAAACGAAAUGGACCAAAGUGCGGGUCGAACCCAAUGUAUCGCAUUUCUUUGGCUUCUACGAAAACUUUAUCGCCAAUAUGGACAAUAAAACGGAGAUAAUAAGCGGAAUUGUGGCAGACUUACAUCCCGCAUGCAAGGGGUUUCCGUACACGCGUACAAUUUAUGGAAAUGAUCCGACGGACAGCAAGCACCUGCAAGGCCUUCCCGGGAAAGAGUACGGAGUGGGUGGAAAGUAUAAGAGGCGAUACUCCAACAGGCCGCCGAGUGAGUGGUUAGACAACAUUUUCCCGACAACAGACGGGUAUUACCACAAGGUUGGCGAACAUCCGGGAGGCGCACUUCGUCUAACCGUGGAGGACAGCCUAGGGAAUAAGGUGGCCAAAUACUCGAAGGUUGGCAACUUCGAGGAUCGGUUAACUACCUACCGUUACAGCGCCGCAGCAAAGCUUCUUCAAGAACUGCCGCCAUUGUAUCAUUCAACAGCCCGAUCUUUGGCGGAACUCAGCACGCCAUACUUUUCACGAAAUUUUACAGAUCACCAAAAGGCGCUGCAAAAACUCUGGGAAGUGAAGUACGACUACGAUGAACAGCAGCGCAUGAUUCGCAAAAGAACUCCGGACGGUGGUAUCUUCAACUACCUCUACGACCGUCAUGGUGCACUGCGGUUCACUCUACAUAAGGACCAAAAUGAAACGCUCGACCGAGCAAUACACUUUUUGUACAGCUCCAAUGGAAAAGUAGCCCGAGAGGCUGUUGUAAAUCUUACGUACGACCAAUGCAAGCAAAUUGCGGAAAAUGGCACGGUACCGGAAUCGCGCAACUCGAUUGAAACGCUCUACGGGGAGCAGGAUAAGCUGCCGGCAACGCGCUACCGCUCGCAGCUUGCCACCAGAUACAUCGACGACGAUCAAAUGACGGAGUAUUUAAUCUUUGGUGAGCGGGAGUUGCUGUUGAAAAAGUUAUUCAUAGUGAAUACGAUCAACACGACGUACUCCAUCGAUUUCGAGUGGGAAAACGAUAUGCUGCGGUCGGUAAAGUAUCCGGUCAGUUUCGGUCAGGGGUCAAUGAAGUAUAUUUACGACUACAAUGGACAUGGCGAAGUUACUUCAAUCCGGAUGACGGCCAACAAAGAUCCUGUGUUUGAGUUUACGUACAACGCAGAUGGAAUGCUGGAGACGACGACCAUGCAACCAGGGACGGAACACUCCUUCCAGCGGAACUUCACCUACAAUGAGCCAGGUUUUCUGGUGCAAAUUGACGAUAAAUACCUUAGCGAGACGAUCAGCUACCUUGAAACGGACUCUUACGGCCAAGAUUCGUAUACACCAAUAUACGAGGGUCUGAUCUCGAGGACAUUUUUCACGGCACAUUGGCAACAAUCGGCAAGUGCCCUUCGAAACGGUAUCUUCCCGGAAUAUUUCCUCAACGAUCGGACUAAUCUCAAACAAGCAACAGUUUGUUUCGAGGCACUUCAACGAAUGGGAUACAUCGAUAAGAACAACAAUCUGGUCAGUAAAACGUUUUACGGCGAGUGGAACGACGACCUGCCCUUCGUCUGUGGGGAUCGCAUUCCUAUGAAUCAUCUCACCGGAGUUUUAAGUAGCAAGAGUUUCCCGCAUGAAUACGGCCAUCGAUACGACUAUGACGAUCAUGAUCAGAUGAUGAAAGCCAAGUACUUUCACGGCAAAGACGAAUUGAAGCUGACCCCUCUGACGCACAGAAGCUUUGCACGAGAGAUCCAGUCAAUCGAUGAGCCUAAUUCGAAGAAAAUUUGGGAUGCAUUGACAGCAAGUGAUUUUCUGAGUACAGACUGUACCAAUCCAGGCCUUUGCCAUGGUCGGCAGGGAAGCAAGUCGAUGUUUAAGACGUUCGUUCAACGGCAUCGUUUCAACAAACACCUGGAGACUAUGCUAUCGAAAGCGAUCGUCGAUAGGAAGGCGUUGAGUGAGAAGGAUUUUAUGGAUAAAUGCCAAAGAUGGAUCGAAGGAUCUCACGUGGUGAUCGCCAGAUGUGAAAGUGUGAAAAAGACAUUGAAUCACAACCGUGUGCUAGGAAACAAUCCGCAAGGGCCAUUGUCGACCUUACAAGAAGAAUUCGUGAGUGUCCUGAGGAGCUUCUCACAUCAAAUUCCAGACAUUGUACGUGUGUUGACACACCAUUUCGCUACGGCUCUCGGUCGGUCGGCUGGAGAUGUUCAAUCGUACGAGAUCGAUGCGAACGGAAAUCAUCGAAUGUUUUACACCGGAUCCACACGUUACCGUAUGGAGUACCGUGAAGGCACCAACCAGAUCACCAAAGUGCAUCGCCUGAGUCUCGAUCGUGAUCAGCGUAAAGAACAAUCGUUCGAGAUGGAGCACAACAGCGAUGGAGCGGUAGUGAAGGCGGAACACAAAGGUAUUAAGAAAAUCGAGUACGAUCGUAUUUUGCAUCGUGUUUCGAAGAUCGAGAUGCUUGAUGGGCGCAGGCUGGAGUUCCAGUACGAUGUCCGGGGAGAGCGUACGUUUAAACAAGUUCUGGAUGCUGAUGGAUCCGUUAAGCACGAGAAGUAUUACAUUCGUGAUGGCAACGGUGUCGUGCUGGUAACCAUGGAAAUGACCUACCUCGAAAAUGAUCAGCCACCAGAUGCGCGAGUAACAAGUUACAUCUACAAGGAUCAGCAAUUGAUAGGAUUCCUGCGUGAUGAUCAGCUAUACAACGUUAUUACCGAUCAUGAAGGAUCGGUACGGGUGGUCAUCAAGGACGGUGAGGUUGUAGCUGCUUAUGACUAUCUUCCUUAUGGUCAGAUAUUCCGGCAAUAUGGGACGGACUUCGAUGGACAGAUAUCGUACCUAUACACCGGUCAGGAAUGGGAGCCAGAGAUCGGGCUGUACAAUUACCGAGCCCGACUCUACGACCCUGACAUUGGGAGGUUCUAUCAGAUGGAUCCCAAGGAGCAGUACGCCAGUCCGUACGUGUACGCCGGGAACUCGCCUGUUUCGCUCGUGGAUCCGGAUGGCGAAUUUGCAUUCGCUAUAGCAUGCAUUGUAAUGGCUUUGAUCGGCGCUUACAUCGGUGCAUCGUCAGUUGCUCGAUCGUGGAAUCCUUUGAAGUGGGACUGGAAAUCCACGGGACUCUGGCUUGGGCUAAUCGGUGGUGCCCUAUCAGGUUUGUCAAUUCCGUAUAACAUUGCAUCGUCGGUGGCAUAUUUUGUCGGGCUAGGCCUGUCGUUGGCUACCUCGAUCAGUAUCAUGGUUUGCUCGGGCAUUACCCUGGCCUACUUCACAAUGGCCGCCGCUAACGGAAGUUGGAAUCCAGCCGACUUUGAUUUUACGAGUCCUGCUACGUGGAAUGCACUGUUGGGAGGCGUUGCGAUGUCAGCGUUCGUCAUAAGGAACCCAAACUCACUAUACAAUACGUUUAAGUCCAUCACAAGUGUCCUCGGUCGGGCACUGUUUGUCACCGCCAAAAUUGGGAUGAGCCUCACGUUCGCGUACUUGUUCGCGGUUGUCAAGAUGGGAGGUCAAUUCGAUGUUACCAAGUGGGACUUUAGUGAUCCGGGCCUAUACUACAGUAUGUUCGAUGCGUUCGUGAGCGUCACCAGCAUACUAACCGUUGUUCGCAACGUACCCAACACUGUAAGGCGCUUUGGUGCAAAGAUAAGAACCUCACUGGACCGGUUCGCAGACACGGAAAUAUUCAUCCGUGCACAUCGGCUCAUGAAAGGCGAUUGGUCAUCGAAAUUAAGUAACGUCGGUUUUAUUCUCAGGACGAAUGCACUGGCUAUAGCUAAUCUGCAACGCGGAAUAUUACCAAUAGUGUUCUACACGUUCAUCGUAUCGCUACGAAUGGCUGAGAGCUAUGAUAAAAGUCCAGUGCCUGGCUUUUCGGUGUUCCUGCAAAUUCUCUCCACGGCCGUCACAACGACAGGCUUCUCAAAUCGUGUCGUUAAGCCGGUGUUCGCGAAGGUAUCUAAUCAGCCAUUAGCACUACGAUUGGAGGGCUUUCCAAUGGAUGUACACUACACACAACAGAGUGUUACUUCUUCGGGUGCCGGCAGAAUGGGGUCCGUUUUCGAUAUCUUCAACAUGCCAUACAAUUGGUUCACCUUUGCUGAGAAGAGUACGGAUUCAGCACGUUCUACUAUGAUUGCUUUGAAUGAAGAAACUGAUCAGAAACACGACAGUAAAUCGUGGAGAUCUGAUUCCACCAUUCAUAACUGCUAUCGAGUAACGCGGUUAGGAAAAGAUGGCGACUAUGUUCGAUGUUACUCGCACCAUGCAAUCGUAUCCAUCUACCCCAAGACAUCCUCCAUGAGGACCUCCGACCACUACCGAUUAUGCUUGCCACUGACCUACCAGGGCGUUCCCUCGAUCUCGUGCGAUGGUGAACGGUCCAAACUACUUUCCAUGCAACUGGAGGCCCCAAAGCUAUUUGAUUACCUUAAUGGGUGGCUACUUUUAGCACGCAUUGUCCCGGCCGCAUUCCGUGAAGCCAAGUACAUCAUUCAAAACCUACUCCAACUAACCAAAGUUCCGACACGCGAGUCUGCGGCACGCGGCAAAGAUGAGCUCGAGAAAAAGUUCCGAAAAGUCCGUUGUCUUUCCGACGAAGCACGAACACGUUGGCAAAUGGGUUGGAUGAAACCGCUCGUCGACGAUGUGCGAGAAGAUAUGAAUGACUACUUUCAUUGUGGACGCGGCAACUAUGAACUGCUUGUCGAGCGAUUGGAAGCGCUGGAAGCCGAUAUAGAAGAGGAACUGACCCUGAGACGGUUGGCUGCAUUCGGAACUGCAUUCAGCACACCAUCCUACCGUCGUCUUUCGUCAAAAGAAUCGAUUCUAGACCUACUGUCUGUUGUUCCCCGGGCGAUGGUUAGUGACGGUGGAGCCAUGGCUUGCCACUUGUGGGCCACUCUAAGCAAGGAGGCCUGAAAGUCAUAGACGAUCUGAUAUUGCAAAUUGACCUACACUUUGUACGAUAGUUUAUUCACGGUUAAGAACAAGGAAGACAAUUUUGUUGAAAAUUGUUGAACAAAU